AUGAGUUUUGCCUAAUCAUCAACUGGAUAACCUACACCUUAAGCUUUGAUGAGCAUUUGGAGAAGUUAAGAUUCAGAUCCUCCAUACUUCAAAUUCUUUAAAAUAUCCAAGAGAUGA